AGGUGGAUGAUUCAGAAGCUUAGUUAAACUACUGAUAUGCAAUGGGAAUAACUAUUUUUCUUUUGAAUCUUUUGGCUGAGAAGGUGGAACAGCUGAUGGAGUGGAGCUCAAGGCGUUCAGUCAUCCGCAUGAAUGGAGACAAAUUCCGAAGGUUUGUGAAGGCUCCGCCUCGUAACUACUCUGUGAUAGUGAUGUUCACUGCUCUUCAGCCACAGCGGCAGUGCUCUGUUUGCAGGCAAGCUAAUGAAGAAUAUCAAGUACUGGCUAAUUCAUGGCGCUAUUCAUCUGCUUUUUCAAACAAACUGUUUUUCACAAUAGUGGAUUAUGAUGAAGGGGCAGAUGUUUUUCAACAGUUGAAUAUGAACUCUGCUCCGACUUUCAUGCAUUUUCCUCCAAAAGGUAAACCCAAGAGAGCUGACACAUUCGACCUGCAGAGAAUCGGAUUUGCAGCCGAGCAGCUAGCUAAAUGGAUAGCUGACAGAACAGAUGUUCACAUUAGAGUAUUCAGGCCUCCGAACUAUUCUGGUACAAUUGCACUGGCUCUUCUGGUAUCUCUUGUUGGUGGCUUGUUGUAUCUACGAAGAAAUAAUUUAGAGUUCAUUUACAACAAAACUGGUUGGGCCAUGGCAGCUCUGUGUGUUGUAUUUGCUAUGACAUCUGGUCAGAUGUGGAAUCACAUCCGUGGACCACCAUAUGCACAUAAAAAUCCUCAGAAUGGACAAGUGAAAGGAGGUCUGAAAGUGCAUUGGGGAAAAAACACAACCCAUAAUUCCUUUGUGAAGUGGUUAAGAGCCAUUCCUCAUAAGAAAUGGGAUGAGAGUUACAUACAUGGAAGCAGUCAGGCUCAGUUUGUUGCAGAAUCACAUAUUAUUCUUCUGCUGAAUGCUGCUAUCACCAUGGGAAUGGUACUCCUGAAUGAAGCUGCUACCUCCAAAGGGGAUGUUGGAAAAAGGAGAAUAAUAUGUCUGGUAGGCCUUGGUCUUGUGGUCUUUUUCUUCAGCUUCCUGUUAUCAAUAUUUCGCUCCAAAUACCAUGGCUACCCAUACAGCUUCUUAAUUAAAUGAAUUCAAGCGGGAUUCAUUUAGAGCUGCUUACCAUGAAGAUAAGCUAUAACUGCUAUUAUCAGCCCACGAUUGUUACAUGUAUUCAAGAAUCUUUUGUUGGUUCAUCUGUUUUUGUGAUAAUUUAUAUAGUAUGCUGAUAGAUAAAUGAAUGCAGUUUUAUGCAAUGAAUGCAUAAUUUAGAGAAAUAUAAACCUCUAAUUGGAAAAUUGCUAAAAUGUUAUGAAUAUGGUGUGCUCAAGAUUUUAAAUAAAUUUCAUUAUAAUGGG